AUGCCAGAAACCAGCAAUUCAAUAAGUUCUGCCGUUUUUGGCCUCCAGGAUUCUUUACGCAAACUUCAAAAAAAUUGCACCAAACUUCACGCCCUUGGUACCAUUAACUUAGAUCGUGCCAGAGAAGAUUUUUCUCAACACAUAAAUAGUAUUCGAAAUGUCUGCUCGCAAUUCGAAACUGAGGUUUUAGGCGAUGUAAUGAAGAUGGGAGUGGGUGCCGAUCCUGCCUUUCGUAAACAUUUUACCCAUUUAAAAGAACAAGCUGCUCUUGAAAGUACUGUAAUGCGGGUGAAAGAAGCCUUAAAAACAACUAAAGAGUUCUUUGAAAAAUCCUUGCGCGAAAAGGAAGAAUCAAAAUCAAAGAUCGAGACACAGCGACUCGACGAAUUGGCAGGGUCAAUGGGCUUGAUAACGUAUGUAGACUCUGAGCUGAAAGUGGAGUCUGGAAUACCUAUUACUACAAUUACUUUAGGUGGAACAGACAUUGUCGUUGAUAUUGAUAUGGACGAUACUGGAAGGGUGUUAAGAGCAAAAGUGACGUAUGUAUCAGAUACAUUACAGAAUGACCAGGAUGAUAGAGUGGAUAAAAUGCUGGCAGAAAACCUCCAAUCUCGUAAUUUCGAUUUAUUCACCAGAAAUUUAAAAAGUUUGGCCCUUCUCGAUCAACUCAACAUAAAAUACCCCUUUGUCAAUUUCUUUUCAAUCACAAAAUCUUUGUUACACGAUUUAAAGACGAUUUGUCAAAGGGAGAUUUCGAUGGAAUCAGAUUUAACAACAGUGCUAUUAGAAGGACACGGCAUUCCCAAUUUACAUUUGGAUUAUCCUGGAAUUUCGAUAGCCUACUGGAUGUGCAAACAAGCCAUUGACAGCAGCCAGUGGCAUGACAUCAAACACGCAUUCCAACAGGGUCAGAACCAUCCCGCCUUAUCUAACGCAUCUAAACUACUGAUCACGUUUGAAGAUUCGAUCCAGCCACAAAGUUAUUUACCACCUUCAAGGUCUGGCUAUCUACUGCAACCUAACGAAACCGAAGAAUCGAUUAACGAAGGUGGACGUUUCAAAGUAGUGACAGAAACAUCUGCACCGAAAUUUAUGCCUCAUUUAUCAUUUGUCAAACCAUUGUCAGCGGAGCAUCAACCUAUACCUAUUCGAUAUGUGGCCACUUUAGAUCCACCCAUGCCUGUGUCGGACGAAAUCUCUCAAAAACUAAUGACUUUGACGGGUUUAGUGGUAGACGCGCCAAAAAGUGCUGUUGCUGAUGCAAAGACAAAAGCAUCAAACAGGACAUUAUCCUUAGAAGAAAUGUUGGUCAUGGAUAUCGAAAAGGAUGCCUUCAACGAUGCCCAUUCCUGGGUAUCCGUAAGUGUCAUAUUACUAUCAUAUAAAAUGGUUACCAUAUUAACAUUCAAAUCUAGUCUUCGGAUGACAUUCCAGAUCAAACCUAUAAAUGGAUCCAAGCAUCGCCCAAAAGAGCAAAAAUGGUGUCACGAAUCCCCUUUCAUCAUCCUGUACAAAUUUAUAAUAUUCUUCAGGUACACACAUGUAUAA